ACAUGACAUUCCGUCAAAAUGGCGCAGGAUGUUCAACAACAAUUUUUAAAGUUACGUUUUGUCCAUCGCUGAUAAAAACAUGAGUUUACUUAAUAAAAGUGCCGAAAAGACGGAAACAUAAUUGUGAUCAUUUAUGAUAAUUCUAAAAGUUUGAAUUCUAUUUGAAAUGAUAAGAUGAAUAAUCGGUAUUUUCAGUUGGAUUAUCUGUAUUCAAGUCCAAGAUACGCAGCAGUAAACAAUGGAACAAUUAUUAGAAGUGAGUGGGCUAUUACUAUUAUGCACUAUUAGGCCCAUGCCUAUUUAUUAAAUUUAUGUAGCCUAUAAAGUUAUAAUCAUAUAUACGAUCUAUAAAGCUUAAGGCUAGAAAUUGAUUAACAUUUGACUUUAUGGCUAAUUUUUUCCAAGGAAAGUUUAUGGAAUGAAAGGUAUCAGAAAUAAUGAAUCAUUUCAUACUCAUUUCAUAGUAUGAAUUUACAUUUACCAACGGCACUAAAUCAAAAUCUCAACUUACUACUUACUAUCUACACUCUACUUCUACACUUCAAACUUCUCUACUACCCCACCCAAGCCCACUGUGUGACCACCAUCACAGUGUGGAGUAUUAUAAAAAUUAGCAUUGUAGGCCUUUACUAUUACACAUUGUCCUAGAGCUAUCAAUAAUAUAUAAAUAUAGAUCCUCACACUCAGUAACAGCAUUCAGUCUCUACUAUCUAUACUUGAACUUGUCUACUAAUUCACUUUCACUCACAGUUAAUAAGUAUUAUUAUUAUAAAAAGUAGGCCUACUUACUACUAUUUUCACCUAGUAGUAGUAGUCUUAGUCUUAGACUUAGAAGAGCUUUCAAUAAUUAAUAAUAAUAGGUACCCAGUACACAUGCCCUUUGUCGUACAGCAGGUAAAUGAUGGAUUGUAAAGUUGUCAACUGUGUCACUGACAGUGAUAGUAUCAGAACAAAAAUGCUAAAUCUUUUGGCCCUGCAAAUUGCAGUAUACCACAAUACUGCCAAUACAUUGGCUUGAGACAACAAAUCUGACCUGUUUAAAAAUGUAUAUUUAUAAUAAUUAAUAUAUAUAUAUAUAUCCAUUGUAAUUGUACAAAAUGCAUUUCCCAGGAAAAAUUUAAGUUGCUGGCAAAAAUGUCUAAAUAAGAAAAAAAACAAGUGAAAAAGAUUCAGAUGCUGCAUAACUUUAAAAAAUCUGUAACAUUUUUUUGUUUAUAUAGCUGAUAAAAAUAGACUGACAAAUACUUUGCAAUUUCCCAUAUAGUUUUAAGCACUUUUAACGGAAAUGUAAAAAAUGUCUAUUACUCUGACUAACUUAAUUUUAUUAUGUAGCUUCAGAACUUAUAAAAUAUUAAAAUUUUUUAAUAACCUUUUUCCUUUCUUAUCAUAGUCUGAGAGUAAAUGUAAAUAAAAUUGCAUGCAUAGUCAUUUAAAAAAUAAUAUAUAAACUGUAUUUUCAGUUUGCAUUGGUGCAGUUAGUUAUUAUUGUUUAAUAGUAAUUUUUGUGUGUCCUCCACCUAGGUAAUUGGAUUGCAUUUGCACUACUCUUGACUCUGAGUCUAACAAGUUUGACAUGGAGUCAGUCAACAAACAACUGGUCUGAUAUUUUUCCUGUGUUAAACUGCUCAGGAAUUCAUUUUAACUCUUGCAGCCCGUGCGUCCCUGGAACUUUUGCAGAUAACAGUAAUGCUUUUUAAACAUAAAAUUUAUCACUGUAAAUAAUUAUUUAAUUUAAACAGGUUAGUUAUAAUUUGUAAAUCAUUUUUCUUUGUAUUUUAUCAUCAACACUGACAAGUGAAAGUUUGUUUUUUUUGUAUGAUUUUCUCUAAAUACAUCUUAAAACAGGUACAAUUUACUGCGGAUGCUGUUCACAACCCCAUUUAGGCCUGUGUACUAAUCUGACCAUGUGCUCUGCAUGUCCUGUUGGUGAAUAUCAGUCAAGCAUUGGAAAGCUCAGUUGUGACCUCUGUCCACAAGGAACAUCAACUGAGUAAGACAUUUUUAUAACUUAAUUUGAUUAAUUUUAAGUUUUUAAAUUAAUAUGCAGGUAUAAGUCAUUUAUAUUAUUAAAAUUCUUUAUCGUGAAAAAAUAAAUAUGUGUGAUAUGAACUUCAAAUUCAUGACAAUUUUUUGUUAUAAGGUGAAUUACAAAAAAAUGACAGUUUAAUAUUUUAACAACAGGAAUUGAUAAAUGCUUUAGUUACCAUUGACAUGUAAUUUGGCUCCUUUAUUCAAUAAUAAGCUGAAAAUAUAUUUUUUGUUGUAUUUUCACUUUAGAAAUCAAACAAGGUCUGUGAAUUGUACGGAAUGUGGACCGGGAUAUUUUGCUAAUGAAACAGGGUCAUCCACUUGCAUGUCUUGUGAUGCAGGUAUCUUCGUUCUCAAAUAUAUCCAAGAGCUUUUGUUUUUCUUGUUUAAAUUAUGAAGAUUUACUUAUAAAGUGAUCUUUUUAAAUUGUUAUUUUGGUUAAGGUAUAUGAUCGUCAAAAGAAUGAAUAAGAAAAUUACAAAAUAAGACACUUUCUAAAUAGUUUACAUGAAGGAAAUUUCACUGCAGAAUCACAUGUGGGACAUAAAAAUAAGAUAGAGUUUACUUUUGUCAUUGUAGGUGUUUCCUGAAAAGUUCUUUAGAUUAUAUGUUUUUCUCAAAGUAUUUCUGUAUUUUUUACGUUUAAGGCUUUUACCAACCUCAUUCCGGUAAGCCUGGCUGUCUAGCUUGUGAUAAAGGUUAUUACAACAAUGAGACCGGGCAGGUCAAUUGCACUGCUUGUGGAGAAGGCCACUAUCAACCUGAUACGGGAAAGUCAGACUGUCAGGCUUGCGGAAAAGGCCAUUAUCAGCCAGACCCAGGGAAGUCUGAUUGUCUUGGUUGUCCAGAAGGUUACCACAACAAUGAAACGGGCCAGGCCAACUGUACUGCUUGUGACACGGGAUAUUAUUGCAGGUGUGUGUCAAAAAGAGGUUUAUUUACCUUUUAAUUAUUUAUUGGAAACACAAAUGGCACUUAUGGAACUUAUGGCACUUAAAGAACAUAUGGCACUUAUGGAACAUUUGACACUUAUAGAAUAUAUGGCUCUUACAGAACAUAUGGCACUUAUGGAACAUUUGACACAUAUAGAAUAUAUGGCUCUUACAGAACAUAUGGCACUUAUGGAACAUUUGACACAUAUAGAAUAUAUGGCUCUUACAGAACAUAGGGCACUUAUGGAACAUAUGGCACUUACAGAACAUAUGGCACUUACAGAACAUAUGGCACUUACAGAACAUAUGGCACUUAUGGUUUUGAAAGCAAAACUUUUUGGAAAGUCGCUUUAAUUAAUUAAAAAACAUAAAAAUCAAAGCAACCCAUACUAAAGUAGAAUCAGUUUGGUAAGAUAUUGCUUGAACCUAUUGAAUAUUAACUUUCAGUAAAACAGAAUGUGAAGACUGUGUGCCAUGUCCAGCUGGUCACUACACUAACCAAACUGCCACGGCUUCUUGCUCUUCAUGCUGGAAAGGUUGCUAUAUAACUCAGAACUCAGUGUAUUUAUCUCUUAGGAAUUUUUUAUUUGGCAUUUGAAUACAACAUGAGGGAAGUGAUUUGUUAAAAUAUUUAUUUGUGGACCUGUACUAUCUUAUAACAUUUGUUAGCAAGGAUAACAUUUUGCCGCAAAAAUAAACUAAAUAGAUUUUCUAAAAAAUAAAUAUAAUAUUUUUUAUUAUGAAAAAAUAAAAUUCCUUACAAAAGCUAUGAAUUGAAUAUCAUGACAGGUUCACAUCAGCCUUUGCCAGGCAAAACAACGUGUGAGGAGUGUCCGGCAGGUUUUGAGGCCCAGUAAGUUUGACUCCGUCGUCACUGUCAUUUUAGAUAUUUUGUAAAAUUCAGCCUUAUCCACACAACACAUUUAGUUAAUAAUCAUGUUAUCCGAGCAACACGUUUAGUUAAUAAUCAUGUUAUCCGAGCAACACAUUUAGUUAAUAAUCAUGUUAUCCGAGCAACACGUUUAGUUAAUAAUCAUGUUAUCAGAGCAACACAUUUAGUUAAUAAUCAUGUUAUCCGAGCAACACGUUUAGUUAAUAAUCAUGUUAUCCGAGCAACACAUUUAGUUAAUAAUCAUGUUAUCCGAGCAACACGUUUAGUUAAUAAUCAUGUUAUCCGAGCAACACAUUUAGUUAAUAAUCAUGUUAUCCGAGCAACACGUUUAGUUAAUAAUCAUGUUAUCCGAGCGACACAUUUAGUUAAUAAUCAUGUUAUCCGAGCAACACGUUUAGUUAAUAAUCAUGUUAUCCGAGCAACACGUUUAGUUAAUAAUCAUGUUAUCCGAGCAACACAUUUAGUUAAUAAUCAUGUUAUCCGAGCAACACAGUUAGUUAAUAAUCAUGUUAUCCGAGCAACACAUUUAGUUAAUAAUCAUGUUAUCCGAGCAACACAUUUAGUUAAUAAUCGUUAUCCGAGCAACACGUUUAGUUAAUAACCAUGUUAUCCGAGCAACACAUUUAGUUGAUAAUCAUGUUAUCCGAGCAACACGUUUAGUUAAUAAUCAUGUUAUCCGAGCAACACAUUUAGUUAAUAAUCAUGUUAUCCGAGCAACACGUUUAGUUAAUAAUCAUGUUAUCCGAGCAACACGUUUAGUUAAUAAUCAUGUUAUCCGAGCAACACAUUUAGUUAAUAAUCAUGUUGUCCGAGCAAAACGUUUAGUUAAUAAUCAUGUUAUCCGAGCAACACGUUUAGCUAAUAAUCAUGUUAUCCACACAUCACAUUCAAUUGAUAGUCCUUUUAUCCACAUCAUAUUAGAUAACUUCAGAGUAGAAAAGAUUAUUAUACAAACAAAUGUAAACUUAUUGUGUUUCCAGGAGAAAUUCAUCAAUGUAUACAAACUUAUUUUUAAUGGAGAUCUAUAAAUGACCUCAUGCUAUUUUGGGAGAUUUUGGAGGGCCAACACACCGCCAUACUGUCACAAAUUUCCUAAAAAUUAGACACCUUCAUAAUACAUGGUCAGAAAUUUGUGACUCCACCACUGCGGCUAGAUGAGUGACAUCAUUUAUGGAUGGCCCCUAACUACAAAUAUUUUAAUGUAUCUAUAUGAUGUAAUGCUGUAUUCCUCCCUUUCCCAACUCCCUGCGCUAUCAAUCUGCAGACUUGUUUAAUCUUAUGAUUUUAGCAUACAAUGUAUGUUUUUAAGGUGUAUAAAUUAUAUAUAUUGUAUGUUUAUUUUUUACUAUUAAGAUAAUGUAUUGAAUGUUUUUGUGAUGACAUUGUACGAUUUUAAUAGUUGGAGGGUAAACAGGUCUGAAUCUGGAUCUUGUGUGUAUAAAAUUGUGCAAGCAAUCUGUAUCUUGUGUCUAUGAAAUAGUGAAUCCAAUCUGUAUUUUGUGGCUAGAAAGGAUAGGAAAUUUUCAGUUGUUAACUCUCUAACCAAAUGUUUUAUUAAUUACAUCAGUUUUGAAGCAGUUGAACUAGACAACUCUCUAACCAAAUUUUUUAUUCAUUGCAUCAGGUUUGAAGCGGCUGUGAAUUGCACUCCAUGUAACAAAGGAACAUUUAAAAAUGAGAGUGGAUUUGACAUCUGCCAGUCUUGCCCACCAGGUGAGUAAAAAACAACUAUCACCCCAUCUGUCCAGGUGACAUAUCUGGAAAGGGGACAUUUUUGGUCACAAAUAUUUACAUAACACAAGUAAUUAAAAAGAUAAAUAUUUGUGAAGAGACUUGUUAAUGCUCCAAACAUAAUAAAGAUAAUUUCAAAUAUUGGUGCAUGUCAAGUCAUUAGACCCAAAAAUGCCAUGACCCUUCUCUAAUCUCUCUAAUGUUUUGUGCAUACUGUUUAUCUAGGUUGAUGAAAUCAUUUGACAGUGUGCCAAACUGGUCUAAAUCUGAACCAUGACAAUAUCAUAAUAUUGAGUUCCUGGGAGUUCAUUAUGUUUUCACUAAUGGUGCUGUAUCUACAAUGACUUGUAUCUUCAGUGCAUGACCUAGGCAGAUGAUCUCUGUACUUGAGUGCAUGACUUAGUCAGAUGAUCUCAGUACUUGAGUGCACAGCCUAGGCAGAUGAUCUCAGUACUUUAGUGCAUGACCUAGGCAGAUGAUCUCAGUACUUGAGUGCAUGACUUAGUCAGAUGAUCUCAGUACUUGAGUGCACUGCCUAGGCAGAUGAUCUCAGUACAUGAGUGCAUGACUUAGGCAGAUGAUCUCAGUACUUGAGUGCAUGACAUAGGCAGAUGAUCUCAGUACUUGAGUGCAUGACUUAGGCAGAUGAUCUCAGUACUUGAGUGCAUGACUUAGGCAGAUGAUCUCAGUACAUGAGUGCAUGACUUAGGCAGAUGAUCUCAGUACUUGAGUGCAUGACUUAGGCAGAUGAUCUCAGUACUUGAGUGCACAAAUCUACUAGUGAUCUUACAAAUUUAGUUCAGAUCUACAAGUGGUCCUACAAGUUUAGUUCAGAUCUACUAUUGGUCAUCAUCCAUCAUUUACAGAGAACACUUAAGACAUAAUUAAUUGUUAACAUUUCUGAUCUUGUUGUUGAUGCUCAGUUAAAUAUUUUUAAACAUUGUGUAAACACCUAGUGUGUCCAUUGUACAGCACCUAGUGUGUCCAUUGUAAACACCUAGUGUGUCUGUUGUAAACACCUAGUGUGUCCAUUGUACAGCACCAAGUGUGUCCAUUGUAAACACCUAGUGUGUCUGUUGUAAACACCUAGUGUGUCCAUUGUACAGCACCUAGUGUGUCCAUUGCAAACACCUAGUGUGUCUGUUGUAAACACCAAGUGUGUCCAUUGUACAACACCUAGUGUGUCCAUUGAAAACACCUAGUGUGUCUGUAGUAAACACCUAGUGUGUCUGUUGUAAACACCUAGUGUGUCUGUUGUAAACACCUAGUGUGUCCAUCAUACAACACCUAGUGUGUCCAUUGUAAACACCUAGUGUGUCUGUUGUAAACACCAAGUGUGUCCAUUGUACAACACCUAGUGUGUCCAUUGAAAACACCUAGUGUGUCUGUAGUAAACACCUAGUGUGUCUGUUGUAAACACCUAGUGUGUCUGUUGUAAACACCUAGUGUGUCCAUCAUACAACACCUAGUGUGUCCAUUGUAAACACCUAGUGUGUCUGUUGUAAACACCAAGUGUGUCCAUUGUACAACACCUAGUGUGUCCAUUGAAAACACCUAGUGUGUCUGUAGUAAACACCUAGUGUGUCUGUUGUAAACACCUAGUGUGUCUGUUGUAAACACCUAGUGUGUCCAUCAUACAACACCUAGUGUGUCCAUUGUAAACACCUAGUGUGUCUGUUGUAAACACCUAUUGUGUCCAUUGUACAGCACCUAGUGUGUCCAUUGUAAACACCUAGUGUGUCUGUUGUAAACACCUAGUGUGUCCAUUGUACAGCACCUAGUGUGUCCAUUGUAAACACCUAGUGUGUCUGUUGUAAACACCUAGUGUGUCUGUUGUAAACACCAAGUGUGUCCAUUGUACAACACCUAGUGUAUCCAUUGAAAACACCUAGUGUGUCUGUAGUAAACACCUAGUGUGUCUGUUGUAAACACCUAGUGUGUCCAUUGUACAGCACCUAGUGUGUCUGUAGUAAACACCUAGUGUGUCUGUUGUAAACACCUAGUGUGUCUGUUGUAAACACCUAGUGUGUCCAUUGUACAACACCUAGUGUGUCCAUUGUAAACACCUACUGUGCCCAUUGUAAACACCUAGUGUGUCUAUUAUAAACACCUAGUGUGUCCAUUGUACAACACCUAGUGUGUCCAUUGUAAACAGUGUGUCCAUUGUAAACACCUAGUGUUUUCAUUGUAAACACCUAGUGUGUCCAUUGUAAACACCUAGUGUGUCUGUUGUAAACACCUAGUGUGUCCAUCAUACAACACCUAGUGUGUCCAUUGUAAACACCUAUUGUGUCUGUUGUAAACACCUAGUGUGUCUGUUGUAAACACCUAGUUUGUCCAUUGUACAACACCUAGUGUGUCCAUUGUAAACACCAAGUGUGUCCAUUGUAAACACUUAGUGUGUCCAUUGUAAACACCUAGUGUGUUCAUUGUAAACACCUAGUGUGUCCAUUGUACAACAUAUAGUGUGUCCAUUAUAAACACCUAGUGUGUCCAUUGUAAACACUUAGUGUGUCCAUAGUAAACACCUAGUGUGUCUGUUGUUAACACCUAGUGUGUCUGUUGUAAACACCUAGUGUGUCCAUUGUAAACACCUAGUGUGCCCGUUGUAAACACCUAGUGUGUCCAUUGUACAACACCUAGUGUGUCCAUUGUACAACACCUAGUAUGUCCAUUGUACAACACCUAGUGUGUCUGUUGUAAACACCUAGUUUGUCCAUUGUAAACACCUAGUGUGUCCGUUGUAAACACCUAGUGUGUCCAUUGUAAACACCUAGUGUGUCAGAGAUAAUCAUAAAAUUAUAAAACUAAUUGAUGAGCCAAGUUGUAAGAUAACAAGUUUGUAAUGCACUAUAAUCAGGAGGUGAGUGAUAGUGGUUUACUUGUCCUUGUAUCUAUGUAGGUACACAUUGCUAGCAUGGCAUUUAAAAAAUUUAUCAGUGAUAACAAUACAAAAGGAAACACUUUUAAUUAAUUUUUUUUUUUUCAUGUCCAUCUUUGAGUGGAUAAAUUGAAAUGAAAUAUCAAGUAAAAAUUAAAGCAGAACUUAGAAAUAAAUCAAGAAAGUGUCCAAUAGAUUUUUAGUAAAUAAUAAAUGGAGCUGGUGACUAACUGCAAUUGUGCUCUGAAAACUGUUGUACUUGCCCAUUCAAAACUGUUGUACUUUCCCAUUCAAAACUGUUGUACUUGCCCCUUCAAAACUGUUGUACUCGCCCAUUCAAAACUGUUGUACUUGCCCAUUCAAAACUGUUGUACUUGCCCAUUCAAAACUGUUGUACUUGCCCAUUCAAAACUGUUGUAUUUGCCCAUUCAAAACUGUUGUACUUGCCCAUUCAAAACUGUUGUACUUGCCCAUUCAAAACUGUUGUACUUGCCCAUUCAAAACUGUUGUACUUGCCCAUUCAAUGGCAAGAAAUGCCAUUUUGAUCAGGAUGUUUUGUGAAGACUUCUUAGUUCAAAAUAACCAGGGAUCUCAGCCAGAACAUUUACUCUUCUCAGGGAUCUCAGCCAGAACAUUUACUCUUCUCCAAAAUUAAUUAAAAUUUAUUUUUUAAAAUUUUGAAGCAUGUGUUCAGAUAUAUUUUCUGUUGAUCAUCUUUCUUGUGGGUAAAAGUCAAAGGUUGAAAACUUGCAUUAUCGAGCCGUGUUUCCCUUCUCUUCUUCUUUAUUUUGAGGGCCCACGAUCAAUGAAGUGAUCAUUCUGGCUCCUGUGUUUCAGAGGGGUUCUUGAUGUUACUGUGCAUGGGUUUCAAGGGGAUACUUCACGGGUUGCCAGGGCGACUCAGCAGUGGGGUUACGAACUGGGGGUUGGAAGCCAGGAGGCAUGAGACACAAAUGUGUUGAGUGUAGCUGCCUCAACUGUUGUUUUUGGAAGCUUGUUCCAGUCCCUUAUUGUCUUUGGCAGGAAUGAGGAGCUCCUGUACUGAGUUCUUGUUUUUUUUUAGCCGGAACUGCCUGUCGUGGCCUCGUCACUGUCUCAGGGGAAGAUGGAGGAGUUUCUGUUUGAUACCGGAGAAGUGGACCAGCCCAUUUUUUAUCUUGUACAACAGCGUUUCCCAAACUUUUAAGUUUCACAGACCGGUGAACAAGUUUCGAAACUGCACCAGAGACCGGUGCCAGAUUUAUUAAUUACAUUUUCUUUCUAUUUAAACAUCAAUAUUCAUGCUCUCUGGACCAGUAACGUAAGGCGUGCAGACCGGUGCUGGUCCACGGACCACCGUUUGGGGAAUGCUGUUGUACAAAAUGGUGAGCCUGGAUAGUCUUCGUUGUUCUUCCAAUGGUGACCAGCCCAGUUUUUCUAGUAUGCUGCAAACACUUGAGGUGUUUCUGUAGCGGUUCAGGAAAAAGCGUGCUGCCCGUCACUGGACCGCCUCCAACCUGUUGAUGCUUUUCUGGGUAAAUGGGUCCCAGACUGAAGAUGUGUCACAGAACGGUUGUUACGGAGGAGGGCUCCGGGCCUGACUUAUCACAAACUGUGUUGACUUAGUAGUGGUCAGUACAGGACCGCUCCUCUCUGUGAUUUAUAUUGUGGGUGUCUAGGCGUUGAGACAGAUAGAAGCACAAUGUAGACUUGGAUGAAAUCCAACAAAACAAACUCCAGGUGUCCAAUGAUAAAAUAGACUAUAUUUAUUUCUCAAAUAAACAGUUCUUCUGUAUUGUUCACUAACUGUCAGCUAUCUACGACUGUUUCUAAACUGUUUUAACUACAUCGUCUCCUAUGUUCCACUAGUCAACUCGUCUUCUGAUCUCUUGCGACUAUUCCCUAGCAACCGCUCAACUCUCUCGUAGCUCUUUUCUCUCUUCCUCAACUAACCCGUAGCUCUUCUCUAUCUUCCUCAACUCACUACUAUCAUGAAAAGUUCUGUCUUAUAUACCAUUCUCUACCUACCUUGGUGGUCUAGGAAUGCUGGCAAUUAACCCAUCCAUGCCCCCCUCAUUUCCGUUCAACACCAAAAUUGUCACGACAAGUCUGCAAAACCCGAGACAUAAUGUUUUGGAAAGAAACAUCCCCCUAUCUCCAAGAUGGGACAAUCUAUUGACCUUAAUUGACCCCUUAACAAUGGCGUCGCUAAACUAAAAUAACAGCAAAGUAUCUCAACAACAAUGGAGCUCUGUCCUGUACCUCAGCCCCAUUCAUUUGUGACAAGAUGCGUACUCUAAAAGCGGCCAGAUAAAGGCUUUAAUAAGCUUUUUCUUUCAUGCUUGAGGUGCCGAUCUUCAGAUUGUGCCUUAGGAACCCCAGGGUCUUGUUUGCCCGGUUGCACACAUUGUUAAUGUGCUCGCCCCAGCGAAUCUCUCUUUGAAUAGUAACAUCUAGGUACCUAACUGAGGAAACUGGCUCAAGAAUAUGGCCAUGCAAUUUGUAAGAGUGGUGUAGAGGGGACAUGCUUCUGGAGACUGACAGAGUCUGGCACUUGACGGAAUGAAAUUCCAUGUCCCAGCUCAUCUCCCACUCUGCUAACCGAUUGAGGUCCUGUUUAGCUGGUCCUGCUCAGAAUGGUUGGCGAUCGUCCUAUACACUGCCGUGUCGUCUGCGAACAGUCUUGCUUGGGAGGUCAGCUUCUCGGGCAGAUCAUUGAUAUAUGCUAGGAACAAACAGGGGCCUAGCACCGAGCCCUAGGGGACCCCUAACUUUACACCGACAAAGGAGGACGUUUUGCCAUCUACCACUACUGCCUGGCAUCGCUCGCUGAGGAAGCUAGAGAUCCAUCUUUUGGUAGUGCCUUGGAUCCCAUAUCUCUGCAGUUUGUAUAAUAGCAAGCUAUGGUUGACACGGUCAAACACCUUUGAGAGGUCCAGCAAAAGCACAUCAGUUUGCUUGCUGUUCUCCAAAUUGGUCAUCAAUUCUUCAACAAAUUCAAUGAGUUGGGUCUCACAUGAUCUGUUGACUUGGAAGCCAUGCUGACAGUCAUUGAGUAUAUUGUGUUUUUCAAGAUGAUUCAUAACUGCGCUUACGAUUAUGUGCUCCAAUAGUUUGCAUACUACGCUGGUGAGGGAUACACGGCGGUAGUUGGCAGGGUUGUAAUGCUCCCCUUUUUUUGUAGAUUGGAGUGACAUGCGCUGUUCUCCAGUCAGUUGGAACGUUGCCUGUGAAUAGCGACGAUUGGAAGAGGAUUGUCAGUGCAGGAGCGAUUUCAUUAACCAUUCUUUUAGCACUCGUGGUUUGAUGUUGUCAGGAUCAAAUGCCUUGUAGGGGUGAAUGGUUUUUAAGGAGUGCCAGUACACCCUUCUCUGAUAUCUGGAUAUCUUCCAUGGCGAGGAAGGCUGUGUUCAUCAUGUUGGUCUUCAGAAGGAACUCAACCUCUGAGUACUCUCUACCAUCACCAAAGACCGACUGGAACUGUUGAUUGAGUAUGUCCGCCUGUGCUUUGGGUUCGGAUGUCUGCUGGCCUUCCCAUCUCAGGGGGGAAAACCCCGGUGUUUGAUGACCUUUGGUGCUUGACGUAGCUCCAGAACCGCUUGUUCUUGACAAUCUUUUCUGUGCCAAGCACCAUGAUAUUUUUUACUGUUCCCCCACAUUCCCCUACAAAAGUAAAAGUGCAUUUUAAAAUUAGAAGGAAAAUGGACUAAACAAAAAAUAGAAUCUCAAAAAUUAAAGAAAAUUUCAAAAAUAAACUUCCAUUUGAUUACUUAAAGUAAAAAAUUCCUGAAUAAAUCCAAACAUUUAUGUUGUAAAUUAAAAGUAACUGGCCCCCCUAUUUCUUAUAUUAGAGAAAUACAGGGAUGAAUGCAUUCACGUUGAUAAAGCAAAAAAAAUAUACAAGGGGUAGAGGAAAACCUGAAGGACAAUACAAAAAAGUGGACGAUUUGGCCAAGAGACAGACAGACUUGGCUUAUAUUUGACUGGAAAGGGCAGAUAUAUUCAAUUACGAAAGUUUCCCAUGAAAUAAAAGAAUUUGCAUAUGAGAUUAACAGGAACAUAAAAGAUUAGAAAUAAAUAAAUAAGAUAAGAUAAGAUGCAAUGGAAAUUGAAGAUUACUAUAAAACAACAAGGGGAGGUAAAUGCCACCUCAGACGCCCUGGAGGUUCUAGCACCCCAGUUUAGCAGCCCUGAUAUAUUGCAAUUAUUCUUUACAUUAUUUUCAUAUAUUUUAUUGUUUCUUAUACUGUGAACUGAAACGCUGAUGUGAAUCUCUGUGAUCCCUGUAGGUUCUAACAGCAGCUUAUUGAACAGUACCUCCUGUGAACUGUGUCAUGCGGGCAGCUAUCAAGAUAGGUAUGGACAAGAACAAUGUGAGAAAUGUUCCAGGGGCACACAUUGCAAGUAAGUUAUCUUCUUCUGAUAUUUCAGAAAAACUGAAUUUCAUAUUUUUUCAUAAUCUUGCAUUAUGCUGGACUUUAGAUCCUCAUGGGAGCAUAGAAUGUUAUCUGAUGCUUCAAGGGAAUCUAAUACGUCAAUCCAACAAAGGCAUAUUAACUUAAGUCUCAAGAUUCUGAAAUAAACAUAAUUGAAUAGUUGUAAACAUAAUAUUGAAAGGCUGUAAACAUAAUAUUGAAUUGCUUUAAGCAUAAUGUUGAAUGGCUGUAAUCAUAAAUGGUGAAUGGCUGUAACUUUUAACAGAAUGUUGAAUGGCUGUAACCAUAAUGUUGAAUUGCUAUAAGCAUAAUGGUCAAUGGCUGUAACCAUAAUGUUGAAUUGCUAUAAGCAUAAUGUUGAAAGGUUGUAAUCAUAAAUGGUGAAUGGCUGUAACUUUUAACAGAAUGUUGAAUGGCUGUAACCAUAACGUUGAAUUGCUAUAAGCAUAAUGGUGAAUGGCUGUAACCAUAAUGUUAAAUGGUAGUCACUGAAUCUUGUUAUUUCCAGCACAACUGGCUGCGUAAUAUGUCAGCCAUGUGAAGCAGGACAAGAGGCACUUAUAAAUGGAGCAACAAACUGCACAUUAUGUCGACCAGGUUAGUUGACGAAAUCGUGAAGUUUUAUUAUUUACUUCAUGUUGAUAAAUAUAAUGUCAAUGUUAAUGUACAGGGUAUACCACAAUACUAAAUUUUAAUGAUCUAAAAUGUUAUAAAAUUCGGAGAAUCUCUCCUGAAGAAAAAACAAAUCAGGUACUUUUACCUCAAUGCCAUCAGCAGCAGAAAGUAAUCUGUAAUAUUUUAAAUACUUAUCACUGUUCAUUAUUAAAUUGAUUAAUUAAUUUCUUGGUUUGUGGAAAUGGUCUUUUGCCAAAAUGUCAAUUUCUUUGUUUCGUCUUUUGUACAAUUCUACAUUAUACUUUGAAUAUUUUAACCAUGAGACUCCAUAUCUCUUAUAAUUUUUAAAAAUAUUUCUUAAAGACUUAUGCACACUAAUUUUUAUGCACAAUUUUUUCACAUUAUGCAACAUUCAAAGCCAGUCAUUUUCUAACCAUAAAGUUAAAUUUGAAUUUAUGAAAUUUAAUACUGACCACUUGAGAGAAAAGUGUACCUACUUCAUAAUACCCUUAAAAAUUUUGACCAACUCAAAUCUGACAAUUUUUCAUAAUAAUCUAUUCCAUUUCUCUAUGUGCAGGAAUGUUUAAAAGUCAUGCUACUAGUUACCUAUGUCAAAAAUGUGACUCUGGCUGGUACACAGAUCAGUAUGGCUCUUUAGAUUGUACUCUGUGUCCCCGUGGCAGCUACUGCCCUGUGAGUUUCUCAUUCUUAAACCUAAUUUAUUUGAGCUGUUAGUUAUGCUCUAAACAUGCAUUCACAAAUUAUUUGUGAGAAAUAAGAAUGACAUUUUUAUACAAAGUUUAUUCAUGAAUUAUCUUUGAAAAGCUAAAACUAAUCCAAAUUGACAAGCCAGAUUUAUUGAACUGAGAACAGAUUUCCUAACUGACUUGUAGUGACUGAAUUAUUCCUAAUUGACCUGUAGUGACUAAAUUAUUUCUAAUUGAAUUGUGACAAAAUUAUUCCUAAUUUAAUUGUGACAAAAUUAUUCCUAAUUGACCUGUAGUGACUAAAUUAUUCCUAAUUGACCUUUAGUGACUGAAUUAUUUCUAAUUGACCUGUAGUGACAAAAUUAUUCCGAAUUGACCUGUAGUGACUGAAUUAUUUCUAAUUGACCUGUAGUGACUAAAUUAUUCCUAAUUGACCUGCAGUGACUGAAUUAUUCCUAAUUGACCUGCAGUGACUAAAUAUUUCUUAAUUGACCUGUAGUGACUAAAUAUUACCUGAAUGACAUGUAGUGACCAAACUAGUCCUACUUUCAUUUUCAACUUGCCAUCUUCGCACAUUAAGUAAUGCAGGCUAUUUAUUAUAAUUAUUCAAUGAGUUGUUCAGAGUGACAUUUUUCUGACAUUUUUCUGCCAUUUCCAGCAAACCGAUCACUCACCCUACAAUUGUCCUGCUGGAAGCUAUUGCCCACCUGGCUCUACAUCUCCAAAAUGGUGCAACACUCCGUUCUUUAAGAUUGACUCAACAUUAGAUGGUUGUGCUGCAACACCAGCAUUAAUUGGCCUGAUUGUUGGUGCUUGUGUUGGUAAGUGUGUGGCAUUUACAACUUUUAAACAGGACAAAUUGGAACUAAUAUAAUUUAUAAUAUUACAAUGAACUGAGCAGACGUGAAUAAAGUGCAUUGUUCCAAAGUAUGUCAAAUUUAAUUAUGUCAGAAUUAUUUAUAACAAAAUUAUAAACUUAAAACUUAGCUUUUCUUGUCCUAUUUAGCCUGUGGUCUAAUUUUUAAGUUAAAAUCAGUUAUUUCAACAGUUUCAAGGCAAAAAAUUUAGUAUUGUGUACCCACAGAUUAUCUACCAUUAUUAUUAUUCUAUUUAGUAAGCUAUUGAAAUCUUUUGGAACAAAAUCUUUUACUAACUUUAAGAAUUUAAUGGAAAAUUACAAAAAUACAAUUAUUUUUAUAAAACCUAAUAUAACAAGAGCGCAAAUUCUGAGGAGACCUGUCCUCAAGUACAGUAAUACUGGAUUGUUUCAGUACAUUGUAAAAAGGGGAGUGAUAGCAAUCAGGUCGGCAAAAAAAGUAAAUGAGUAAAAUAAAGUAUGGUCAAAACUGAAAAAAUGAACGCAACAAAACAAUGAGCGUUUCGGCAAGAAGCCUUCAUUGGCGAUUAAACAACAGAAAAAAUAGAAUAAAAUUAGAAAAAUGGCUCUUAGCUGAGAAGUUUCAUGUCCUAUCUCCUGUGUGCUGUCUCCCAUGUCCUGUCUCACAUGUCCUGUCUCCCAUGUUCUGCCACCUGUGUCCAAUAUCAUUUUUUUUAUAAUUAAAAAAAAAAGAACAAACUUUACCGUCUCAAAAUAAAUAUGAAUAUUUGUUUUUAUUUUUGACAGUGUUGUCAAUUGCUGUUGCAUUUAUAAUCUUCAAAGCUGCACGGCAUUACCGUAAAAGAAGCCAUACAAUAAGAAUUGAGACCACUGAAAGACAGCCAUUGACAGGUGGGGAAGAAAAUGCUCCUCCAGUGUACACUGGUUUGUAAUACCAAAUAGAGAUUGGGACAUUCCUGCUUACAGACUUAGUUUCAUGUUAAGAUAUUCUGUGCUGUGGUUGAACUUUUUCAUUAGCUAGAAGUACUCGAGUGGAGUUUUUAACUAAUUGGACUUGAGCGAUAUCAAGUGAUUGAUGGUGAUUAACAUGUAGUUGUGUCAAUUUAUUACUUAUAGUUAAAAUAAUGUUCAUAGACAAUAAAACUUUCCUUAUUAUUAAUAGUAUUAUAUUUGCAUAGUUAUCAUUAUUCCCUGCUUCAUUGUCUUAAACAUGAUUUUCACAUGUAACAUUAUUUGGCAAGUCUGUAAUUAAAAAUUUUGUGGAUAUCUUGAUUGCCAGUCUUCAAGAUUUGUUUUGUUAUUACAAUUACAUGCCAUAUUUUUUAUUUACCUUAUUUUCCCCCUGGAGGAUAAUAAAAUAAAAGUUGAAUAUUUCAUUUAUUUUGUUAAACUUGUACACCUUGUGGUCUUGAUAUCUGGUGGUUCAGAUAUUUCAAUAACACAGUCAAGCUAAUUAUUCAUCCAUUCACUUGCCCCGGUUGGCCGUUGCACUGUGUUUAUUAUAGAAAGCUAGUUCCACACUUCUACAUCAUUUGUUCAUAUUUUCUUUUUUUAAAAUGCAAAUCCAAAUCUUAACAAAGAGUUACUUUCAUUUUCUAUUUUGUGGCACAUAAAACAGUUUAAGGUUAUUUAACUUCAAUAGCUGUGCAGUGCUAACAAAGUAUGGAACAGUGUUUUUCCCCAUUUCAUUAAGACUGUUUUGUUUCAAUUGGCGCUGUACUGUUUUGUUUCAAUUGGCGCUGUACUGUUUUGUUUCAAUUGGCGCUGUACUGUUUUGUUUCAAUUGGUGCUGUACUGUUUUGUUUGAUUGGCGCUGUACUGUUUUGUUUCGAUUGGCGCUGUACUGUUUUGUUUCGAUUGGCGCUGUACUGUUUUGAAAAAUAAAUAAAGGUUAAAAAUGUCUUUAACUUUAGUUAUGAAGAUGUGUUUAAAAAUGGUGCUUUAUGAGUCUUUCAGCUUUAUUGCAGUUGAUGAGCAUGAUUUAAAACUGGUUAAAUUAUUUUCUCAUUUAAAAAGAAUGUAGUAUCUGCAGUUAAAAUUAUUCUUAUAAAUGUACAAUGGAAGAGGUUUCUUUGAGAUUCAAGAUACCGCAUAUGUUGUAAUUAUUUGAUGGAUCUGUAUAAUAAAAAAUAAUAUCAGAUCACUUGUACAGAUAGGAGUUAGCCUUUAAGUAUGCAUUCCUUUUACCGGUAUCUAUAUUUCUCUCAUCUGAGCUGAAGCUGUUUUAUUAUAAUGCAAUACAGUGUGUGAUUAAUUAUGCCAUGUAAUAUUUUAGUGCCUUUAACUCGAUGCAUUUAUCCGCGUGGUCUCAACGGCACUUACAUGGCUAGUCUACAUUCUCUCCUAUUUUGUUAUAAUUAAACUAUUAAUCUUAAGGUGUAGAAAUUGUUUUCUCUGUUCUUUGUUUUAUCACAACAGACCCAAGUCAGUCGUGUUUUAAAAUGUCACAUCUAAAACUGUGAUACCUUAGACCAAAAUUAAAACCUGAUCACUGAAAACUUCAAGUUUUCUGUACAAAAAAUUAGUUGAAAAAUAUUUUACUCUUCAGCAACCCAUUUACAUUUCAUUCACAAAUAUUUCUAACAUUGUUUUUUUCGGAACAACGAUUUUUUUACACAAUCACGUGUACAUUUUAUCAUCGAAGUGGCUAUUCGUACCCAGGAACCAGAAGUGAGAGGUUGGGAUUAAAACCAACUGAAAAUAUUAUUGUUGGGGUUGUAGGACAAAAAGAGGAAUCAAAUGAAAGAAAAUUGAAUGGACUAUAUGUUUGUAAACUUAAUUCUGCAGUUUAAAAUGGACCCAAGCAUGCAGCGCCGCCAUUCGCACCUGGGUACCAUUAGACCCAUUGCUAUUUGGAUGUCAUUUGUGGUAGUUUAUUUAAUUGAACUGGAGAAGUAGGUUUACAAACAUAUAGUCCAUUUAAUUAUCUUUCAUUUCAUACCUCAUUUUGUCUUACAAACCCAACAAUAUUUUAAAUAAUUUUUUUAGUCCCAACCUCUCACUUCUGGUUCCCGGGUACGAAUAGUCACAGCCUUUUUUCAUAAUUUUUGAGUUUUUAAUUCUUCUCUAUGCUAUUUCUAAAAUACUUCACUGGAAUUUUUGUUUUCUGAGAUAGAUGUUGAUUUGAAAAGCUACAAGUGAAUCAAUGUCUUAGUGUUAGGUAAGGAGUAGUUGGUGUAAGUGGUGGGUCAAAUCUUAGUGUUGGGUUAAAUGAAGCAAAAUAUUCAAUCCAUGUUGACAGUGUGCCAUAUGGUAUUAAUGAUGUAUUACUGUCACAUGUUCUUAGCGAUGUAUUGCUGUCGUAUGUUAUCAGUGAUGUAUUACUGUCAUAUGUUCUUCUAAGUGAUGUAUUGCUCAUAAAUAAGUUAUUUGUAGAAUGCAUCUGUAUGGACAAACAAUACUCAAAAUGUAAUUUCUGCUCAUUUUCAGUGAUCAUGGAUCAACUCAUUUGUUGUAUAAAAUGAUAGAUUCAUUUUCAAACUAUGGUUGUUUCUGUCUUUUUUUUUUUUUAAAUAAAUAUUCUUUCAUGCUUAUUAAAUACUUAAAACAAGGAUUUUUGAACAAACUUGAUUAAAUUAUUGACACAAAGAACUAAGUUUAUUUCCUCAAGUUUAGGGAUGAAAGAAUGAGGUGACUUUUGUAUACUGUAGACAUGACAGUUGUUGAAUAUGUAUAUAGCAAUUCCGAUCUUAGGUCAGACUAAACAUUUAAAAUAUAGUAAACAAAUUGGACCAUCGUUAUUAUUGAUUGGAAUCUUAUAUUAUUUAUUCCCCAGAUGAAUUCAUGUUUUUUAAAUUAAAAAUUUUGUGUUAUAAAUAUCACUGUUAAUGUAAGCUUCCAUUAGAUAGAUACUAUUUUAGAUUUUUUGGUAAGGAAAAUUAGAAAUGGACCAAGUCAAAAAUGUUUUCUUUCAUUAUUUCAAAUGACAAGGAACACAGAGAUGAAAGAAUAUUUGCAUGUUUUUUUAUUAUGAGCAUACACAUCUUUUUCACUCUGAUGCACAACUAUUCCUAUGUUCAACCUAAACAGAAUUGAAAUGAGGACACAAAAUUUUGGUCUCACCAGCUUGGUUUAUUGAGGUCAUAUAUACAAACAAUAAUAAAAUUAACAGAUCAGAGGAAUAUUUGUUAUCUAUUUUGUUUCCCCAGGAGAUUUUAAAUGAAAUUCAACCAAAAUAAAAUCAAUAAAUUCACACUAACUAAUGAUGAAUGUCAAUGACAUAUGGGAGGCAGGGAUAUAUUAUACUUCCCACACUACUCCUAGUAUCUUAACUAAU